AACACGCGAGUUUACACGAACACAAACACACCCACACACAGAAGCACAGACACGCGAGUUAACACGAACACACACACACAGAAGCACAGACACGCGAGCUUACAUAUGAUAAGAACGAUAACAACAGCGAUUUCCGGGUAGAUACGGUGAUGUACUCGGCAAGUUCAUCAAUUGGACCGGAUAUCAGUCGUACUGGGCCGGCAGCGGAAAUGUCAAGAUUCCCUUUAAAAUCUCUCGGACACACAUACGUAACUAGAAACACUAUAUCAUACCUAUAGAAGAUACCCCUAUUGCGACAGCCGCUGAAGUCCGAGGGUAACAAUGGCAGACGAACGAAUGGAUGAUGAAAAGACAGGCGCCAACAACGGAACAAAUGAUAUGGAAGACAACAAUGGAGAGGAGGAGGAAAGGGAGGAAGAGGAGGAGCCGGACCAUCCCGUAGAUAGGGGAUGGGCCUGGGUCAUCUUGGGAUCGUGCUGGUUCAUCGCCUUUGUCGUGAUUGGUAUCGCCAAAUCUUACGGCAUAUUCUUUAUAGAGUUCCUUAAGACAUUCAAGGCGUCUGUAUCGGCUACCACACUCAUCACCACACUUCAAACUAUCGCUUAUUGUGGAGCAUCUGUACCGAUCCUAGCUAUUUACAUCAAGAGAUACAACACUCGACAUCUCGCCAUACUGGCAUCGUUUGGAUGUGCACUGAGUUAUGGUUUGAGCAGUUUAGCAGACAGCAUCACACAUCUCUACUUCACACACUUACUAUUUGGCGUCAUGAGUGCGGCCAUCAAUGGUCCCAAUUUAGUUAUACUUGGGAAAUAUUUCAAAAAAAGAAGGGGGCUUGCAAUGGGGUUAGUCGCCUCCGGAAAUUCACUGGGAGGAUUCCUGCUGCCGUACCUGUUCCGGUAUUUAUUUGACGAGUACGGACUGAGAGGGGCGUUGUUGAUCACCGCUGGAUUAUCACUCCAAUGCGUGGUGGCAGCAUGUCUUCUCCGGCCGACUGAAUUCUACAGAAAGAGAAAGGCAUGCAAACCCAGGAAAAUAUCUACAAGUGACAACGACCGUUUGGAACAACAGGAAAAACUCCUUGGUGAUAAACACAGAACUGAAAAUGUUGACAAUACAAAUAUAUCACUGUCACAUCCAGUCUUACCAACAGAUGCUACUGCGACAGCUAAAGCGAAUUAUCGUGUUAGGAGCAUUUCCCACAGCCCUGGUUACCUUAACUCAUCGCCUUCAGCCAAAGAAACUGAAUCAACUUCCGUUCUAUCAUUGUCAUCUUUCUCUCGGUAUCUUAGCAAUGGAGAUAUUGUUUCUCUUUCAUUACAGGAUAUUGAUAUUAUGCGGAUGAAUUCUAAACAGGAGCAACACAUUGACAACAAAGAGGAGCCUGUUGAAGGAUGCUGGAGAAUAUGCCAGUAUCUAACUGAACGAGAUAUUUUCAACUUUAACAUUUUUCGCAAUAAAUAUUUCAUAGCCUUCCUUCCGGCGUACUCGUUUGGUAGUUUAGCGCCUGCGUUCUCUCACAUCUUCCUUCCAGCGUUCUCACGUGAAUUCGGGAUCAAUGAUCAGAACGUUGCUACCAUAGCGUCCAUUCUCAGUCUGUCCGACUUCUGUGGCAGGCUUGUUGCCGGGUUACUUGCAGACCUUCCCUGGAUACGGAAGACUUAUUUGGUUGCUAUAACACAAUUUAUCAUUGGUAUAAUGAUGACUAUUUCUCCGAUGUUCAACACCUUUUAUCUUCUGGUCGUGUUUUCGAUUAUAUACGGACUUGUCGGGGGCUUUCUAUUUACUCUAUUCUCGCCUAUCGUAAUAGAGUUGGUUGGCCUGGAGAAUUUCCCCAAUGGAAUGCUUGUCAUCCUGAUUCUGCAAGGUUUCUGGAUUGGGGGCAACGCAUCAUUUCUGGGCUACCUCCGGGAUCUGACGGGUUCCUACAAUGUAACACUCCAGUUCAUGGGAGCCUCAUCAUUUGCAGCAGCGGUUAUUUUCACGACGGUCGAAGUUAUUCGGAAGUUAACCUCAUCGAAGGAUCAGAAGAACCCCGCGUAAAGAAUUAGAUAGCUUAAUAACAUUAACAUAUGUUAAUGUGAGUUAUAUCAACACUAUUCAUAAAUCGUCUUGAUGAUAAUGCUUUAGUCUCCAUGUUGUUUUAAUGACUUUGAUAUCAGUUACUGUAACAUAUUAUGUAGAAUUGUACUUCGUUGUAUGUUUAAGAAUAGUGUUAACGUGAACGUGUUGUAAAAGUUUAGCACCUCGAUACUCCAAAUGUUACCAUCACUUUCGAUCUUACAAAACUAGGUAUUUGAUUGGCGUCAGGGAAAAAACCCUGACCAAUCACUAUGCUGGUGUAUUUUCUUGAAGAUUACAGAGGAGUCAGUCGAUUUAACAGUAUAUGGUGACUUCGAGUUUCGUUUGAUGCACAAACGAUUCUUUUUGUGUUCGGCUUUUUUUCAUUUUACCAUGACAUAUUCCAUGGUACAGACAGCAAAAGUGAGAGUAACUUCUAAAGUAUCGAGGAUAGUUGUGUAGUAAAUCUGUUACAUUCUUUUCAGUGCUAUUAUUCAUCAGUGUUAAAAAUACUAUGAUAAAAUCGCAUAGCAAUAUGUAAGUUUUUUUAGUGUGGUUUCUAAUCUAACUCUUAAUCUAUGGCAAUAAUGUCACUUGUUCCCUGUGCAACGUGCUAUUCAAUUUUGGAUAAGAUGUUUUAUUCAAUAAUAAAAUAUAUAAUAAGG